AUGAAGUAUGGAAAGCACUAUCAAUCGUCAGUUUCAAAAAUUCUUUGUGAAAAGCAACGAAAAAAAAAUUUUACCGUUUUGAGAAAAUAUGGACGAAUCGAGAAAGAAAUACGGAACAAACGAUUUCGUGAAGAAUAUCAAGAGCUGGAAGAGCAAAUCAAUGACGAAGAACCGUGUGAUGUACAUGCAUAUAACGAUUAUGAUGAUGACGAGGAUGCGAACCUAUAUUCUGAUAAUGAUGGCAAAACAUGUGGUGAUUCAAGCCAAUAUUCUGAAAACGAUGACGAAACAUACGAGGAUUCAAGCCAAUAUUCUAAUGACAAUGGCGAAACAUACGAUUCGAAUCAAUAUUCUGAUAACGAUGGAUAUUCGGACGAUGAGGGAUCUCAGUACAACUUUUGCAUAAUAUUUUAA